AAUAAAGAUAGUAUGCCUGUGGAUAAUGGAAGAAAAUUAUAUAGCUAUCUCUUUUAUUUUUAAAUCUCUCGUUAAAGACUAUAAUUUACAGGUAUAAAUUUAUGUUUUGAAUAUACGCGCGUAAACAUGAAACUCUAUCAUGGCGUAGCUAGACGACAGCGCACUUUUAAAACGGAAGUACACGGUUAGUCAGAAGUCAUCUAACGGUUUGUACACAGUAAUAGGCACGCAGAUGUGGAUGAUCGUGUUUACCAAGAUGGCGUGCCAACGUUUGAUUUGAAUUUGUUCGUUAGCGUAUUAGCGAUACUUUGAGAAGUUCGUAUGAAGCGAGGAUUGGCUUCGUCAAAUCUUGAGAAGAAUCCCGUGAUUGGUAUCGUUAUAUGAUAUUCAACUAACGUUCUCUUAAAGAGAAAGAUAGAGCACAAUGGAUAAUUAUAUUAAAAUAGAGAAAAUCGGAGAAGGUACUUAUGGAGUAGUAUAUAAAGGAAAACACAAGAAAACUGGAGAAAUUGUAGCCAUGAAAAAGAUUCGUUUAGAAAGUGAUGAUGAAGGAAUACCGUCAACCGCUAUUAGGGAAAUUUCAUUGCUCAAAGAAUUAACUCAUCCAAAUAUUGUAAGCUUAAUUGAUGUAUUAAUGGAGGAAUCAAGACUGUAUCUUAUUUUUGAAUAUCUCACUAUGGAUCUAAAAAAAUACAUGGAUAGUUUAAAUAAUAAACAAUUGGAACCAGCUGUAGUUAAAUCAUACUUAUAUCAGAUCACACGUGCAAUUCUGUUCUGUCACAAGCGUAGAAUAUUACAUCGUGAUUUGAAGCCACAGAAUUUGCUGAUUGACAAAACUGGUAUUAUCAAAGUAGCUGAUUUUGGUCUAGGAAGAGCCUUUGGAAUCCCAGUUAGAAUAUAUACACACGAAGUUGUAACUCUGUGGUACAGGGCACCCGAAAUUCUUCUUGGUGCCACUAGAUAUUCAUGCGCAAUUGAUAUGUGGAGUAUUGGAUGUAUUUUUGCAGAGAUGGCGACCAAGAAGCCACUGUUUCAGGGAGACAGUGAGAUUGAUCAACUUUUUAGAAUAUUUCGAAUACUAAGAACACCUACAGAAGAGAUAUGGCCAGGUGUUACACAGUUGUCAGAUUACAAAGCGACAUUCCCAAAUUGGAUGACGAAUAAUUUGGAAUCGCAAGUAAAUACAUUGGAUGCGAAUGGGUUGGAUCUGUUGCAAGCUAUGCUUACAUAUGAUCCUGUGUACAGAAUAUCUGCACGAGCGACGUUGCAACAUGCUUACUUCAAUGACUUGGAUACAUGCAAAAUACCUGCUGCGUAACAUGGAAAAACUGUAUCAAAAAAGCAGACCCAUCAUUUACAUUUGCAUACAUUUACAAUUAAUACAUUGCAUGUGUACAAUUGUAUUUACGUUUUUAAUCGUGUGACUACAUGAAUAGAGUCUCUUUUAAGGUGUACUAAAAGUUAAUUUAUUUGAGUAAAUUUAUUUGAGUAAAUGUCUUAUUCUGUUUGAUCAUUUCAAUGGUUGAAGUUUACAUUUCUACUUUAUACUAGAAACCAUUCUGUGUGUGAAAAUAAGUUUAUGUGUAGCUUUUAAUAGCUAAACUUCAUAAAUUCCAUAUUACAUAAAUUCUAUAUAUAAGUUCCGACUAGAAUAUUACAAUAGAAUAUUUUAUAUAUGUAUGUUAAUUAAAUAAUUUUUAUUCAGUA